AUGAAUAGAACCAAUUGUAAAAAGGUUUUUCAUAUUGCUAUGUUAAAGAUUUAUGUAAAAUUUUAAUUUUAUCAAGUUUUAGCUUGAAUAAAAAAAAAAUUCUGAUCAUUUCUUAUAGGAUAUUUUUUUUUCUUGGGCUUUAAUUAUAUUUAAAAAAGAAAAUGAUUAUGAUAAGAAUGAUAAUAAUAAUAAUCAUAAUUAGAUGAGAAUUUAGCUCGGAAGACCUAAAGGCCAGUAAGGCUUAAGAGAGAAAGUAAUAUCAAUAGCCCCAGAUGAAUAAAAUAAUUACAUUUAAUAAGAUCCUGAUUGUGUUAAACUCUUUAAAUUAUUUGCUACACAAGGAUGUUAUAAGAUUAGAAUUUUAACUCGCAAUUCAAAAAAAAAGCCUAAUUAUAAAUAGUAGAGUGAAAAUAUUCAAGAAUCAUAUUUUUAAUAAAAUAAUUAUUGCCCCGAAUUUUUCUUUUUAUCAUAGAGAAGGAAGAAUUAUUCAUUUGAAAAUUCAAUUCUAGUUGAUAAGACUCAAUAUAAAAGAAUAAAUUAUAGUGAAUUUGAUCCUAAAUUUAAAAUCUUAAUAACUAAAUUGAAUAUAGUUCUGAAAGAAUUAGACGAAUAGUUUAUUUCUAUAUUAAUAGAUAUAUUAUUACAAUAUAUAAACUUAUUUGAUUGGUACUUAGAUUAAAAUUCAUUUGCAUAAUAUAUAGUUGAAGAAUUAUAAGACCCAUAAAAUCAUUUAAAAUAUCAAUAUUUAAUAAAUUGGUAAAACUAAAAAUAAAUUACUAAAGAUGUACGAAUGAAGAUGCAUCUAGAUAAUCUUUAAAAUAAUAAAAGAUCAAUAAGUUAAAGAAUUUCUUAAAAAGUUUAAAAUAAGCAUUAAGAAUUUCUAGAAAAACAAGAAAGACAUUUAAAUAAAGAAUAUAAUAUGGAACCUAUUGAAUAUUUAAUUUCUAAAUUAAUUAAGAUAUUUAAUAAAAUCAUGGCAAAAAAUUGA